AAACUCUGCCAAUAAAGGGCACUGAAGGGAGACAGCCGACUGGAGGAGGGACUUCCUGUUUGCUUCCUAUCUACUUCCUGCUUCUGUGAGCGUCACCAUGUCAACGCCUAUUUACCUCUCAGUGGCUGUUCCUUUGUGUAGCUGCACUAAAUUCAGUUUACAGUAGCUAUCAGCAGAGAUUUCAUUUGCCUCCUGAGAGGUCUGGAUCUCAGCCCAGAAGGCCCUCCUGUGAGCUCAGAGGCCUCAGCAUUAGUUGAGUGGUCCCCACUCUUCAGAUCUAUGAGUUUCAGCUUCUUUGGUGUCUCUCCACCCAAAAUUUCAAUUUAAUAAUUUUCAAUUCCUCCCUUAAUUCCCUCAAUCUAGAGUGGUAGCUACGUCCAACAAUUGCUAGUGCCUUAAUAGUGCCCCUUUCCCCAACACUUUAUAUCUUAACUUUAUACCUAAUUGAGUUCUUUAUAUUAAAUUUGCCCUGUUCAGGCUGGGCAUGGUGGCUCACUCCUGUAAUCCCAGCACUUUGGGAGACCGAGGUGGGAGGAUCGCUUGAGCCCAGGAAUUUGAGAUGAGCAUGGGCAACAUAGCAAGACCUCACCUCUACUAAAAAAAAAAAAAAAAAAUUAUCUCCGCAUGGUGGUGUGUGCCUGUGGUCCCAGCUACUCGGGAUGCUAGGGCAGGAGGAUGGCUUGAGCUCAGGAGGUCAAGGCUGCAUUGAACCGUAAUCACGCCACUGCACUCCAGCGUGGGCGACAGAGCCAGACACUUUGUAAAAACAACAAAAAACUUGCUCUGUUCAGAUAUUUCGUUAGGAAUGUUGCUUUUUAGGAGGAGCAGUUGGGGGCCAUGUUGGGGAGAGGCUAGCAAUGUCAGCAGCUUUGAAGAAGGCAUUUUGUAACCUAUGCCAUGGCCAAAACUACCCCAUGGGGCUCUCACUGAAGUCCAACAGCCCAUAGUGUAAUCCAUUCCUUAGACUGCCAACAGCUCUAGACUCAUAGACAUUAGUGAGGGAGCUCUACAAACUGGAACCCUGUGGGUAUUUCUACAACCUACAGAUUAUUAAUAGUCGUGCAAAGACAGGCAAAUGGAUGUUUUCUGGUGGGGUGCCGGGAGGGAGCAGUUGCAUUUGAAGAAUGAACUGUUAAUUUCAUUGAUUUGCUUUUUUUAAAGAAAAGUAAAAUAACAAAAGAAAAAUCCUUGAAGAGUAUUUUUAUUCCCACCUCUUGUAAUGUUCAGGGAACAUGAGUGACAUUUGGACUCCCAAACAAAAGAAGGCAGGGUCAUAUCUCUGUGUUUCUGUGGUUCCUUGUUGAGGGAGAAAGGCUCUCAAGUUCUUGCGUGAGCACUGACCGGCUUUUAUGAAUAGUUCGUGACACAGAUAUUAAAGAGGAGACUGAAACUGUUCCUUGGACAUCUUCUGAGUGUCAGAAAAUACCUUUUGGAGGGUUAGAAGAUCAGAGGACAUGGUUGUUCACAUUUGCUGCCAUGGAACACCGCCAGUCUUCACUUGGAAACAGAAUCACACCUUGUGAAGAGAUCAUCCCUAAGCAGGAGAGAAGCUACUAAAGGGGCUUCCUGGUCUUCAUUGGACAGUGAAAUUUGUUUGGGAAUCCAAACAAAAUAUAAAAGAGCUGUAAUACUUCCUGUAUUGUAUUUCAAAGGGUGGUGUCCUCCUCCUCCUUCCCUGUGCUCGGUCUCCACCCGUCUCGCAUUCUGUGACAAUGGUUCAGUGGAAGAGACUCUGCCAGCAGCAUUACUUGUGGGCCCUGGGCUGCUAUAUGCUGCUGGCCACUGUGGCUCUGAAAUUUGCUUUCAGAUUGAAGUGUGACUCUGACCACUUGGGUCUGGAGUCCAGGGAAUCUCAAAGCCAGUACUGUAGGAAUGUCUUGUACGAUUUCCUGAAACUGCCGGCAAAGAGGUCUAUCAACUGUUCAGGGGUCACCCGAGGGGACCAAGAGGCAGUGUUGCAGGCUAUUCUGAAUAACCUGGAGGUCAAGAAGAAGCGAGAGCCUUUCACAGACACCCACUACCUCUCCCUCACCAGAGACUGUGAGCGCUUCAAGGCCAAAAGGAAGUUCAUACAGUUCCCACUGAGCAAAGAAGAGGUGGAGUUCCCUAUUGCAUACUCUAUGGUGAUUCACGAGAAGAUUGAAAACUUUGAAAGGCUACUGCGAGCUGUGUAUGCCCCUCAGAACAUAUACUGCAUCCAUGUGGAUGAGAAGUCCCCAGAAACUUUCAAAGAGGCAGUCAAAGCAAUUAUUUCAUGCUUCCCAAAUGUCUUCAUAGCCAGUAAGCUGGUUCGGGUGGUUUAUGCCUCCUGGUCCAGGGUGCAAGCUGACCUCAACUGCAUGGAAGACUUGCUCCAGAGCUCAGUGCCAUGGAAAUACUUCCUGAAUACGUGUGGGACGGACUUUCCUAUAAAGAGCAAUGCGGAGAUGGUACAGGCUCUCAAGAUGUUGAAUGGGAGGAAUAGCAUGGAGACAGAGGUACCUCCUAAGCACAAAGAAACCCGCUGGAAAUAUCACUUUGAGGUAGUGAGAGACACAUUAUACCUAACCAACAAGAAGAAGGAUCCUCCCCCUUAUAAUUUAACUAUGUUUACAGGGAAUGCGUAUAUUGUGGCUUCCCGAGAUUUUGUCCAACAUGUUUUGAAGAACCCUAAAUCCCAACAACUGAUUGAAUGGGUAAAAGACACCUAUAGCCCUGAUGAACACCUCUGGGCCACCCUUCAGCGGGCACGGUGGAUGCCUGGCUCUGUUCCCAACCACCCCAAGUACGACAUCUCAGACAUGACUUCUAUUGCCAGGCUGGUCAAGUGGCAGGAUCAUGAGGGAGACAUCAAUAAGGGUGCUCCUUAUGCUCCCUGCUCUGGAAUCCACCAGCGGGCUAUCUGUGUUUAUGGCACUGGGGACUUGCAUUGGAUGCUUCAAAACCAUCACCUGUUGGCCAACAAGUUUGACCCAAAGGUAGAUGAUAAUGCUCUUCAGUGCUUAGAAGAGUACCUACGUUAUAAGGCCAUCUACGGGACUGAACUUUGAGACACACUAUGAGAGCAUUGGUACCUGUGGGGCAACAGCAUGUACAAACAUUCUCAGAACUUGCUGGGACAGUGUGGGUGGGAGACCAGGGAUUUGCAAUUCGUGGCAUCCUUUAGGAUAAGAGGGCUGCUAUUAGAGCGUGGGUAAGUAGAUCUGUUGCCUUGCAAAUUGCUGCCUGGGUGAAUGCUGCUUGUUCUCUCACGCCUAACCCUAGUAUUUCCUCCACUAACUUUCUCACCAAGUGAGAAUGAGAACUGCUGUGAUUGGGAGAGUGAAGGAGGGAUAUGUGGUAGGGCACUUGAUUUCAGUUGAAUGCCUGCUGGUAGCUUUUCCAUUCUGUGGAGCUGCUAUUCCUAAUAAUUCUAGGUUUGGUAGUGUGGAGGAGAACUUUGAUGGAAAGAGAGCCUUCCCUUCUGUACUGUGAACUUAAAAAUAAAUAGCUCCUGAUUCAAAGUAUUAUCUCUACUUUUUGCCUAGUAUGCCAGAAAUAAUAUAAAUAUAAACAGAUAAAGUGUGUGAGACUUUUUCUCAUAACUAUUGAUGACAUUUAAAAUCCCUAGGGGCUGUAAGAGAGUUCUCAUUAUUCUGAAAUGGUCCUGACAAGCUGCAUGAAUAGCAUUUUUUUUUU